AUGCGAAGGCUUGCCCAUUAUGUGCUGAGAGCAUCAGAGAGAUGCUGCCUGCAUACAAAAGUAGCUCAGAGCUUCAAGACAGUCCUUGCUAUCGAAACAUCCUGCGAUGAUACCUGCUUGAGCAUUCUCGAGUGCGAUGCUCGACCUGUGUCUCACCGUUCACGGCCCAAGAUACUGCAUACUACUAUAGCUCGAUCACUAGACCAACAUGAAGCUUACGGAGGAAUUCAUCCAAUCGUCGCUGUAAGAUCGCACGAUGCUCACAUGCCAUGUCUCGUCGAUGAGGCAAAAUCCUUCCUGCAAGCACACGACCGCAGUGUCGAUCUAAUAUGCGUCACAAAAGGUCCAGGGAUGCGCUCAUCUCUUCAAGUAGGCAUUGACGCUGCGACAGGCUUAUCCCAGGAAUUGGAUGUUCCGUUGCUUGGUGUUCACCACAUGCAAGCACACGCACUAACUCCGAGAUUGCUACAUGAUGGACCAGCACCUGCAUUUCCUUACAUUUCUUUGCUAGUCAGUGGUGGUCAUACACUUCUGAUACGCUCCCUGAGCAUUGCUAAUCAUGAAAUCUUGGCAAGUACUUUAGACAUUGCUGCCGGUGACAUGCUGGACAAAGUUGCCAAAGCGCUCAAAAUCCCAUGGCAAGGAUCUAUGCCAGGAGCAGCACUUGAGCGAUGGCUUUCUGGACAAGAAAUAUCAGCAUGGCAAUUGUCACUUCCGCUGCAUGCAAAAGUCAACAAGGGUGGUAAACGCUACGAAAAUAUGGCGUUCAGCUUUUCUGGACUCGGUUAUAGCAUCACCAAGUUGCUCUCAAAGGGGUCUUGGACGGAGGAGCAGAGGAAAGCCUUGGGUGGUGAGGCCAUGCGCUUGACGUUUCAUCAUCUGGCAGCCAAAGUCGCAGCGUCUCUGACUCACCAGAAACAGGCAUCAUGGCCGACUGCGUUGGUCGUAAGCGGUGGCGUGGCCAGGAACCAAUACCUGCGCGAGAUAUUGCACGAAACCCUUGCUCGAUUGGCUGAGAGAGAAGGAGCAGAGCCUUUGCAGCUCAUUGCUCCGCCGCUCGAUCUGUGCAGCGACAAUGCAACAAUGAUUGCCUGGGCUGGGUUUGAAAUGUUACAAGCUGGUCAAGCGACAUCCUCGCAGUCGAUUGUACCUCGACCAAAGUGGCCACUGGACUUGCUCCUGAGCAGUGAUGCCACAUUCGAAGAGGAAAUGGCUCGCCGAAGUCGUGAGAGCAUCGUUGUGAGACGAGCUCGACAAAAUCUGCUGGCAGUCAAUUAG